AUGGAAGCCAACAAGACGGUGAUGAACAAGCUGCGCCAGGCGCUCGACAGGAUGAACAAGACCUCGCAGGCGCCGACGCUGUCCUCGCAGACGUUCGUGUCCUGCACGCGGAACCCGCGGAAUUGCGGCGGCACCGGCGGGUGCGGGGGUGCCACCGUGGAGCUGGCGUUCGACAUGAUCAAGGACCUCCUCGAGCACGGCGGCAUACCCCUGGCAGUCGAGUGGCCCUACGAGUCGGGGGAUGGGUCCACCCGGGAGUGCAGGAUGGACGUCUUCAAAAAGGCGUCGUCGGGCAAGGGCGCGGCGCUGGAGGACCGCCGGCGCCUCUACCUGCAGGGCGCGCUCCGCGCCGCGCUCGAGGCGAAGGGCUUCCGCUGGGUCGAGAGCUUCGCAUUCUCAGACGAGGGCGAGCUCAAGGGCAAGGAGAGGCCUGGGUCGUGGCGCUGGGGCCUCGGAGCCUGGAGCAGGCGGCGGAGGCGGAGGAGAGUCCCUGCGGACCUGCACGCGGCAGGCCGACUUCGGCGACGGCGAGGUCCGCGAGGUCAAGCACUGGAGGGCAUACACCACGCAGCAGGGCCCAGCCAGCUUCGACCCCGCGGAGGCCCUUGCCCUCGAAACGGCGUGGGCGUACACGCCCUCUUGCCGCGGGGCUGGGAGGCCCCCGGCGGCGGCGGCGAGGAGUUCGCCGCCCUGCGGCUGCUGGGCGGCUGCAGCUCGGUGCUGGCCCUGAGCGAGGCGGCUGGCGCCGUGGAGCAGGUGGUCGCCCUGCACGACCCCGCGCAGAACUUGGCGUUGCACCGCGAGUGGCCUGGGCUCCUCACCUCGCGAAGCCGCUGCCCCUGGAGGACGUGGUGA